ACCGAGCAGUACGUACGUUACAUAGAAAAUAUUACAAAUAUUCAAAUAUUUCGACAUAUGAAGACGGUCUCAUACAUACGAAAUGGCUAUUAAAAUUAGUGGUCUUUUGAUGGAGACAGUGUUUUCAUACAAGAUAAAUAGGCCUCAACACAAAUGUUUUUAUGGAAACAGUUUUUCACACAAAGGAAAUAAAGAUAAAUAUUAGCGUCUUUUAUGUUGACUUUUUUCAUACAAUGGAAAUAGACAUAAAUACUAGAGAUUUUCAUGGAAACAUUUGUUUUUAUCAAAAGAACUAGACAUCAGUACUACAACUUAAUUUUUAGAAACAGUUUUUACUUAGGGGAACAGACGUUUAAUAAACUUUCAUUAGGAAUAUAAACAUCAUCUAGCUGGAGACAAUAUUGAUACAAAGGAAAUGGAUAUUAAUAGUUAUAUAUAAAGAUAACGUAUUAUUGGCAAAAUGAAUUCUGGAUUCCAUUGUAGUAAAUUUAAACUAUUUUUGUUAUAUAUGUUAGUUUUAUUUUCCGUCAUUAUAACUAUUUUAUCAAAAGAAAACGUACGCUUUGACACAUUUAGGAUCACAGUCACUGUAAAAAAUCAUAUAGCUUACUUUUUUGAAUCUAGGAUGACAUAUGACGCAUCCAAGGAAGAAACUAAAAUAUCAAUGAAAUCAGAAUUAUCACAAAAUAUCAACACAUCAACGCGCAUAUCUCCAUUAAAAUCGCCGCUGGAAUCGAAAGACUUUUUUAAAGUGAAAAUGAAGCCAGAUUUAAUGAAACUUGUAAAUCCGUCAAAUCCGAAAUUUGCCCUCACAGUAAACGGAUCUUAUCUUCUUGAAAAUAAGAACCACUGCUCAUCUGUGUCAAAUUUGACAAUUCUUGUUAUGGUCUUAUCAGCACCAAAUAACUUUCAAAAGAGAAUUACAAUCAGAGAAACCUGGGCAAAUGGAAGCCUUUAUUCUUCGUACGGAACAAUUAAAGUUAUCUUUCUUCUUGGCAUCAUUGAUGACUCUAAAGUUCAAUAUAACAUUGAGAAAGAGUUUAAGCGCUACGGCGAUAUUGUACAGGGAUCAUUUGUAGAUUCUUAUCACAACUUGUCUCACAAAUCUGUUAUGGGCUACAAAUGGGCUACUGAACGAUGUAGAAAAGCUAAAUAUGUUAUUAAAACAGAUGACGACAUUGUAAUCAAUAUGUUCCGAGUAUUCAAAAGUGAUAUCCACGUGAUGUCUGUGAACCAGAAUCAUGUCCAUUGCCAACGUUUUACCGGAUCUCUUGUUGUAAGAGAGAAACAACAUAAAUAUUAUGUCGGACCUAAUCAGUUUAAAGGAAGGACUUUUUAUCCGCCAUACUGUAAUGGGCAAUACGUGUUGAUGCUAAAUGUAAUAGUUCCAUAUUUAUACGAAUCAGCUUUGCAAACUCCGCUGUUCUGGAUUGACGAUGUAUUUAUAUACGGACUUGUUAUGGGCAAUAUACCCGCACUGAAAUAUAGACAGAUAACAGUUGAAGAAAUUGGAACUUACAGAUGUUGGGAAGAGGAAAAUUCAAAUUGCAUUUAUAGAUACCAAGUUACUGAAGGUGUUACUCAGAUGAAGGAUGUCUGGACAGCUAUUACGAAGCAAAAUACUUAAAAUGUCGUCAUGACAUCAUUACGAAACUUCAUUACAACUUACUAAUACCACACAUGAUGUAUCUGUUUUCUUGCAAAUUCAGAGUAAGACAGGUCUGUUCUACGUUUACGUCUUGGUUUCACUUUAUUACAUUUUUUCGUUUGUUUGGCUGUCCCUAAAUUUUACAUUCUUCUCUUGGCAGUGUCAUGGCGGUCAAAUUAUUUAACUAUUCAACCAUUGUAUAAAGGAAUGGAAGUUUAUAGCCCGCCUUGAAGAACAUUUUGAACUCUCCAGAUCUUGUUUGGUUGACUUUUGUCUUUGUACUGUAUAUGAAAUGAAUUUACAUAAAACAUUUCUGAAUCAGUAUGCUACAAACUAUAAUAAGUUAAUAUAUAUAUCUUGAUCAGGGCGUUCCAGGUUACAAUAACUUCAUUUAUAUAAACAUAUUAUAUACUAUCAGUUUUAAACAUUUAAAAUGACGUUUGUAUCAUAUCAUGUUUUUGACAUAACAGGUAAUAAUAUUUAUAAAGAGAAUUGUCGCGUUUCUCACAUUUCUUUAAUAUAUACUUCAUGAAUGUGUAGUUAUUUUAAUGUUUAACUCCUGACAGGAUUAAUAAUUUUAACAGUUUUUAGCUUAAAUUUAUUCAAAAUACCUUUUUCUAAAAUGUGAAAUGAUGAAAUGUUACAUAACUAAAUGCAUCAAAAUGUAUGUAGACAACAUGUGAAGUAAAGUUUUAAGUUUAGUACAUGUAGCAAAGGCCCCUGGCAUAAAACACACCACAUAUAUGUCAAGUGAUUCAAAUCAAAUAGCUAUUACAUGUAGCAAAGGCCUCCGGCCAAACAUACACCACAUAUACGGUAUAUACAUAUACUUAUUAGGUUGAGAGACAUAUUAACAGAUUCUACAUAUAGUACACUAGCAAAAUAUGUUUAUGUAAUAGUUGUGUGGACUGCUGAAUAAACAGGAUCCUGUCUGGUCCAGUUUGAUAAGGGUCCAUAAAACUCCUGCUGUUGACUUGUCAUGUGGUCCAUGUUAGAGGAUCAUAACUUUUAUUGAUAUGUACAGAUAAUUGGUUAUUUCGUGUGUUUUUCAUGUUAUUGAUUGAAAUGCAGUUUCUUUUCAGAAUAUACACAUUUUUUUUAGUUGAUGAUACACUAAUUGUAAUUCCUCAAUCAUUUUGAGUAAUGUCCUGACCAAUUAAAUUAUAACUUAUACUGCAAAGUAGUUCUCACCCUUUUGAACUCUAAAUUUCAUUUAAUAAAAAGAUAAAAUGAUCAAAAUAUAUUGAAAACUGAAUAACAGAAAUGACAAGUAUUCUUAUACAAUUAAUAUGACUUUUUUAUCUAAGUAAGAAAAUAAAACCAGAAAAAUUGAACAUUGCUAGAUUUUAUUAGAAAUUAAAGAAACGUUAAUUUGUAUUUUUAA